GCGCACGCCCAGAGGGCCGCCGCCCCUCCCCGGGCCCGCCCUCCUUCCCUCCCACCCUCCCCCGGCCGGCGCGGCCCGCCCUGGCGAGUCAGUCGUCGGGUUCCCUCCCUCCCCGGGCGCGCUCGGGCCGCCGCUGCGCUCCCCGCCCUCCAGCCGCCUUGCGGGAGCCGCCCGCUGCCGGAGGAGGAGGUGGAGGAGCCGCAGGGGCCCGCCGAGGCGGCGGCGGCGGCAAGAUGGCGGACUUCCUGCCGUCGCGCUCCGUGCUGUCCGUGUGCUUCCCGGGCUGCGUGCUGACGAACGGCGAGGCCGAGCAGCAGCGCAAGUCCAAGGAGAUCGACAAAUGCCUGUCGCGGGAGAAGACCUACGUGAAGCGCCUGGUGAAGAUCCUGCUGCUGGGCGCGGGCGAGAGCGGCAAGUCCACCUUCCUGAAGCAGAUGCGGAUCAUCCACGGCCAGGACUUCGACCAGCGCGCGCGCGAGGAGUUCCGCCCCACCAUCUACAGCAACGUGAUCAAAGGUAUGAGGGUACUGGUAGAUGCCCGAGAGAAGCUUCAUAUUCCCUGGGGAGACAACAAAAACCAGCUCCACGGAGACAAGUUGAUGGCAUUUGAUACCCGUGCCCCCAUGGCUGCCCAGGGGAUGGUGGAGACUCGAGUAUUUCUGCAGUAUCUUCCUGCUAUCAGAGCCUUAUGGGAGGACAGUGGCAUACAGAACGCCUAUGAUCGGCGCCGGGAAUUCCAACUGGGUGAGUCUGUAAAGUAUUUCUUGGAUAACUUGGAUAAACUUGGAGUACCGGAUUACAUUCCAUCACAGCAAGAUAUUCUGCUUGCCAGAAGACCCACCAAAGGCAUCCAUGAGUAUGACUUUGAAAUUAAAAAUGUUCCUUUCAAAAUGGUUGACGUUGGUGGUCAGAGAUCAGAACGGAAACGUUGGUUUGAAUGCUUUGACAGUGUGACAUCGAUACUUUUCCUUGUCUCUUCAAGUGAGUUUGACCAGGUGCUUAUGGAAGAUCGCCUGACCAAUCGCCUUACAGAAUCUCUGAACAUUUUUGAAACAAUUGUCAAUAAUCGGGUUUUCAGCAACGUCUCUAUAAUUCUCUUCUUAAACAAGACAGACUUGCUUGAGGAGAAAGUGCAAGUUGUAAGCAUCAAAGACUAUUUCCUAGAAUUUGAAGGGGACCCACACUGCUUAAGAGACGUCCAAAAGUUUCUGGUGGAAUGCUUCCGAGGGAAACGCCGGGACCAGCAGCAGAGGCCGUUGUACCACCACUUCACCACUGCCAUCAACACGGAGAACAUCCGCCUUGUGUUCCGAGACGUGAAGGACACGAUCCUUCAUGACAACCUCAAACAGCUUAUGCUCCAGUGAUGACAAGACUCGCUAUUUUAAUACCUUGUUGUGAUUUUGAUUGUUUUCUGUUUGUCUUGUUACAUAGCAGUUUACAACAGCAGUUAGAAAAAUCUCAAUUCUGCGUCUAACUUCUUGGAAAUCUUAGUCCAUCUGUGGCCUUUAGUUUGUGGCUGACAGCUGCUGAAUUAACACAUUGCCAAUAUCUGCUGGAAUUUGGGCUUGGAUCGGUUUCACUGUGGCUUGCAUUCAAUUAAAACUUCCUGGCCAACCUCACACUAGGUGUAUUUCAGGCUUUGAAUUCUUCUGUUUGCAAACUGGAUUCUCCUAAUUCCCCUGCAGUGCCAAGAAUAGGCUGUAUCUUUAAGUACUUGUAGGGAUGAGGUUAUGAAAAUUCAGGUCUAAAAAGAGUGCCAUACCCAGCAGUGACAUGCUUAGCUCGAGUGAGCCCUGGUCUGAACGGGCUGUUAGAGAAGGCUUAAGGAACAGGGCUCUCGGCCUACAGAGGCUGAGCCUUCCUGCCCGCACAGCAGUAGUUUGUUUUUCUCAAUUCCUUUCAUUUCUGAAGGUAAUGUCUUAGUGUUUAAGUUUACAAUAUGGAUUUCAGCCUGAUGCUGAUAUGGUCACAAAUGGUACAUGUGCUAUGUUGAUCUGUGGUGACCAGUGACAUGCUUUGCCAUACAUAUUGUCACUAACUUAAUGUGCCGUGUUAGAGACAUGCUAGCCAUAACAACAACUAGAAAGGGCAAAUACCUUGGUAACGGAAAUCAACAUAGUGGCUCCAGAGUGCCAAGUGUGACUUUUGGGUCCUGUCGCAUUGGAUUUUGUGUCUUGCUGGAGGAAAUCGCUGUCGGGUCUUCUUCCUUUUGUCCCACUGUCUCAACCUCAGCAACUCAGAAUUGUGGCGCUCUAGGUUCUCUUGUCACCGAGAGCUUGGCGGACAGUGUUUUCCUGUAAACUGUUGAAGAAGGCAUCCUUUCAGUACCCUGUUCAUAGUGUCUCUGUGUGAUAUAGUUUGUACACGUUGUGUGGGUCAUUGUGUGUGAGACAGGAGCAGCUUCAUUGAGGUACAUUUGAAUGUCUAAAGAAUGCAUCUAAGGAUAAGUCAUUUUUUCGGUCCAUACUUAGGGAGGUUUGCCUUACACACACACACACACACACACACACACACACACACACACACACACCCCACUGCUAAGUUAAACUGUGCCCAUGAAGUAGCUUGUGAUUAAAUAUUGUGACUGGUGUAUUAAACCAUUUGUCAUUUUCCAACUGGCCUAUGAGUUUGAAGAACCUGAGCUUGUCCCUGCUUUCCCUGGAGACUACACCAGCGGAGUGAUGCCUGUUGUUUUACUGUGUGACUGGUCUCAGGCAAGAAAUUGGGCCCCGAAACAUUGGCCGACUUUGAGUCUUGAAAGCUUUUUUUUUUUCCUUGCUGGAGACUUCGAGAGCUGGCCCCCUAGUGUGUACUUGAGAGACCUGACUUGUCUUAGAUUUGAACUUUCACUCUCCUUCUGGUUAUAAAGUCCAGUGCUUUUUUGCCUUGGUAAUAUCAUGAACUUCAGACAUGUAUGCCAGUAUCACGCACAGUGCAGGUGUUGUUAGCAUAAUUCAUGGAUAUUUGAAUGGUUCUACAUCUGGUCCUUUUUUGCCAAAAAAGAAUAUAUCAUUUAAAUCAUGGGGUUAGCAGAACUCCCAUGCUGACGAGCAUUUGGGGGUUAGCGGAACUCCCGUACUGACGAGCCUUUGAGCAUGUGCACAGUAACACGUGUUCUGUGUUAAUCUAGCAGACAUUAGUGUGCGUUGGCCACAGCUAACUGCAGUGAAGGCAGAAGUCAGGCCCUCCAGAAAGCAGUUGUGUCUGGUUACAGUUAAGCUCUGUGGUAGGCACAAGAAAUCCUGCCUGACAGAGCAGGGUCUCUGACUCCCUCUGUCGUGACCGUUACCAAGAAAGGACAAGAGCUCCCGACUAGAGACAAUAUCCUGUGGGCACCUGCAGCUCCCUUCUGAAGCCUGCAGCAUCUCAGAACCCAGUGCAGUCUGGAUACAUUCUGAAGUGGUAGGUUCCUUACAGGUAAUCUAUACAGGAUUGUUUAGAUUGUUUAGAGUUUAAAGAACUGUGAGGCUCGGCCAAAAAGCCAUGGUCCACAUUUGGAGUCUGACACCUACACCCUGAAAGUCAGGUCCUUUUGUGAAGGGAAACACUGUUGUGUGAAGGGGGAGACCAAAUUUAGCUGACAGAGUUGAAAAGGUGCUCAACCCUCAGUGUGCUGACUUCCCCCAUCCCGGAACAAUGCCUUGGAGUUGAUGCUCUGGGGAGCGUUGGACUGUGCAUGUCUCGGGGUGCGUGGAGCGACUGUGCCUAACCCAGAAUUCUUCAGCUCCCCAGCCUUCCUGCUUACUGACAAAGAACUACACAAGUGUCUUAGUUGACUUCAAAAUCUUUUUCUAUUUUACAGAGUUGCCUUAUAAAUAAAAGAACAACACAAAUCUAGACCUUAAUUUUCUUUUUAAUGGGGAAAGGGCUUUGUUCCAUGUUUUCUUAAGAUCUUAAUUCAAGGUGUGCAGCUGCCACCCAGAUAUCUGUAGUGGCCUAAGAUGUUUCUCGCUGCCAAAUGCUGUCUGUAUUCAGUGGAAGCCUCUGUAUUAGUUUUUCUAUCUGGAAAGGGUACUUGAUAGCCAGAGGGAAGUUUCAGUCACCCAAGAUGGGGUGCCCUGGAGAGGAGUAGAUUGGUUUUUUUUUGUUUGUUUUCCUAUCGCAGUGCAUUGUGGGUACUUCACACCGAGAGGGUCCUCUGGUGAAGUCCUCAAGUUAGGACUCAACAGGGAAAUGCUUGUUAAGUUAGUGGCAGCUGUUGCUCUAAAGUAAGAGACAGUAAGACCAUAUUAGUGCCAGAAGGGACAAGAAUUGUUAGAUGCAUCAAAAAGCAUGUGCCCUCUAAGUAACUCUUACCUUCCAAUGUGUAAGCCCAAAUACUUGGGCUUCUGUUUUGAUGGCAUGUAUUUCUCAGUGUUGGUAUUCACAUCCGGUUAUGCCUUGUUUAUAUGAAGAAUAAAAUGGCCAAGUUAUGCGGUUAUAUCCUGAGACUCAAGCUAUUUGGAAAACCCUCAAAUUGGUGCUUUCAUUAUUUAAUGAUACAUUUAGGCAAAACCCCAAACAAACCAUCUGAAACCUGACUCCGAGUUGCAAUUUGUAGUGAUGUUGUUAUUUUUCUCAUUUGAGAAGACCAAGUGCCAGUGUUAAUUUGAAUUUCCUGUAUGAACCCAUGCAUCCUACCUGUAAAACCCAGUCAAACAUUUGUAAGAAAUAACCUAAUAAACCUAGAGAAAGCCACUUUGUUACCCUUUCAUUGCUUUUAAUUUAAUUUGAAAGAUGGAGAAUAAAGUUUUCAGGUCCUUUUUAUUUGGAAAAUCA